GAGAUUACCGUCCGCUAGCCUAGGGAAGGGGGCAGAGCCUUGAGGCUGUAGAGGGAACUUGAAGAGAGAAGGGGGAGGAGGAGAGGAAGGAUUGAUAUAACAAGAGACGUUCUCUCCGCACGCAGAGCGCUAUUCUCUCUAGAAGCCUUUAAACGCACACUGAAAGGGAGCGGGCUUUCCAUUCAUUUCCAACGCAACAACUUUAUUUUCUUGUGUGCUGAACACGUAGUUAAAACUUGUUUACGUAGUUCAGAAUUGCAUUUACGACGUCAGCUGAGGAAGGCUUAUAGGUUUCUUCAAGUAAACUUAACCACGGACAGACGGCAUCGCUGCACCUUCGAUAACUUUGCAAAGACCUCUUUGAGUUGGGAACGGAGGUUUCCCGUAGAACCGAAUGACAUUUCUCGCGCUGGCUCGGCUUACAUAAAUACGGACCCAUUAGUAUAUUGUUUAUCAAUCUACCGCGGCGUGUGGGAUUUAAUUCUAAAGGAGAGGGAAUUCUCAAAUGCAAAAGUAUCUGUAUGAGAAAGCAAUGGCCCAAGAGACAAGAAACGGAGGGACCUCUUCAUUAAACAACAACAACGGUAUCGACAACAGCAAGAGGAAACUAUUAAUAGGGCUCGAUAUCUUCUGUCUUCUCAUCGUCAUGCUGCCCAGCCUGGUUCUGCAUCGCUCCUCUGUGCGCCCGUACCAGAGGGGCUUCUACUGCAGUGACUCCAGUCUGGGCUACCCCUUCAAGAGCAGCACCGUCCCCUCCUCCGUGCUCACUGCCGUGGGCCUGACACUGCCCUCGGUGUCCAUUGUGAUUGGGGAGUGCUACAGGAUCUACUACCUACGCGAGGGCACCAACUCCUUCAUAGGAAACCCCUAUGUUGCUGCUCUCUACAAGCAGGUGGGCGUGUUUAUCUUCGGCUGUGCGGUGAGUCAGUCGUUCACGGACAUCGCCAAGGUGUCGGUGGGACGCAUGCGACCUCACUUCCUGGAUGUGUGCAAGCCGGACUUCUCCACCAUCAACUGUUCCCUGGGUUACAUCACCACCUACCACUGCACAGGUCCUGAGAGCAAAGUGCAGGAGGCCAGGAAAUCCUUCUUCUCAGGACACGCCUCCUUCUCUAUGUUCACCAUGCUCUAUCUGUCGUUCUAUCUCCAGUCCAGGUUUACAUGGCGUGGGGCCCGCUUGCUCCGCCCCCUUCUUCAGUUCACCCUGCUGAUGAUGGCGUUCUACACCGGCCUAUCCCGGGUCUCCGAUCACAAGCACCACCCCACCGACGUACUGGCAGGCUUCGUACAGGGGGCCCUGGUGGCCUACUUCAUAGUGUUCUACGUGUCAGACCUGUUCAAGCCCCGGGUCAAACAGGCCACGCCCCCUCCCUCCCCCAUCAAGAAGGAGCUGCUACCCGCCUCCGACAUCAUCGAACGAAACAACCACCACAACAUGGUGUGAGGCCACGCCCCCUCCCCGCGACCGAGGAGCCAAUCACAGUGCUGCUCGCCUCCCCAUCGGACAGUAGAAUGUAGCGACGAGAGACUGUCUCUGCGCCUCACACGACACCUUGUUCCCUACCUAGUACACCGAGCCCCCCCCAGCCUAGUACACUUAGAUCCAGCCUAGUACGCUACCUAGGGAACAAGGUGUCGCCUGGGAUUCGCACACAGUGUCCACCCUCACUAUCCAGUCAUGAUUACCAUUAUGUUAACUGCUAUUCAUAUUUGAGCCCAUUUUGAGCAACAAGAGGGAGAGAGAGAGAGAGAAUUGGGAGAUAAAGAUAAAUGGAGUGAAAGAGGAUCAGACCGGCAGAGCAGACAGGAGAGACGUCAUCUCUCCUGGAACAGACGCUUUGUAACCACAGAAAGGGAAAAAGUGAAGAAAAAAAAAAAUAUAAAAAAAAAUAAA